ACUCACCGAAACACGGAAACAGCGAGGCAUUUGCUCAAGAAAAAAAACAAAGAAAAAAGGGGGAAGAAACCCUUUCUUCACGCUCUUCAGAUCCCUUGAGAUGCGGCUUCGCCUUCCCCAACCAUCCUCUUCCUCCUCCAUGGCCUCCAAGGUAGUCCUCCCGGUCGCGGUUGUCUUCGAUGUUACUGCGUUCGCCCUUGCCAUUGCCGCCGAGCUGCGACGGAGCACGGCCCAGGUCGUUCCGGACGACGAGAAGGAGUACACCCACUGCGCGUACGACUCCGGCAUCGCGACUGGACUUGGCGUCGGCGCUUUCCUCUUGCUGUUGGCGAGUCAGGUCUUCAUCAUGUCCGUCACCAGGUGCUACUUCUGCGGCCCCUCGAUCAGACGCGGCAAAUCCCGCUCUUGCACCGUCUCCCUCUUUUGGUGCUGCUGGUUGACUUUUCUGGUGGCCGAGAUGUUAUUGCUUGCGGCAUCGGUACAGAACGCCUACCACACCGCUUACCGGGGCUUCUACUAUAUGAACGACCCAUCCUGUGAGGUGUUGCGGAGAGGUGUUUUCGCCUCCGGUGCUGCCUUUGCUUUCCUCACUGCAACGCUCUCCGUAUCCUACUACCUCUUGUACAGUAGCGCUAGCAAUUCUGGCUACGCCUACGCCGAGGAGGAGGCGGCCAUUGGAAUGAAUUCUUUGAGCUAAAAGAUCCUUUUUUUUAACACCCAUUUCUUCCUUCAGUUUUUCUGUUCUUUUUUCUUUUUCAAAAAACAUUCGAUGUUUCAUUAGGAAGAUAGGAUUUGAAUUUCGUAUACUGAUUUAAAAAAAUCUAAUAUAUUGCAUGUGAGAUUAUUCA